CCAUUGACCUUCCUAGGGUUUUGGUUUGAACUCUAAUAAAGCUAUCAGAAGUGGCCGCAAACCCUAUUCUUCUCUCUCAGCAGAUCCAUCAAUAUUCAGCAUCCGUCUCUUCCGGUGCUUGACCUUUGUUUGUAGUUGAACAAUUUGCCAAGAUGCAGAACGAGGAGGGACAAAAUAUGGAUCUCUACAUUCCCAGAAAGUGUUCUGCCACAAACAGGCUGAUCACGUCCAAAGAUCAUGCAUCUGUCCAGAUUAACGUUGGGCAUUUGGAUGAGACUGGCAGAUACACUGGCCAAUUCUCCACCUUUGCCCUCUGUGGAUUCGUCCGUGCCCAGGGCGAUGCUGACGGUGCUCUCGAUAGGCUCUGGCAGAAAAAGAAAGUUGAAGUCCGACAGCAGUGAUGCGUUUUGGCUUCUGUUCUCAAGCAGUUCAAUUUGUUUGCCCCUAGGCUUUCUUUCUGGAGCUUUUUUAUAGUUCACUUUUAGGAUCAAUUUGUUGAAGCUUUAUGUAUUGUAAGGCGUGCUAGAAUUGAAAACUAACGUUCAUCGAAACUUUUUGGAGAUAAUGUGCCUAAUUCAGCUGCUUUUGCAAUCAAUACGAUUUUUGAGCUUAAUAUUCUUCAA